CCGAGUAGGAGUGCUCUAUCUAACACUGUUGACGACAAUUGUCUCCAGUUAGUUUCCGUACCACAUCGUUACAACUGUUUCGUGUAAUCACAUCUGCUUCUAUUAUGGUCGUUCGGCACUUAAAAUCAUUUAUGGAGAAGCAGGUUAAUGAUGGAACGUAUUUUGUGGACAUUUUAUAUGAAAUAGAAAAAGCUAAAGAGCGUUCGAAUGAGCCUAUAAUUGUGGUGGACUGGACGAUGCUGUUUCAAAUGAUUCGCACGGAUAAUGUCACCAUGUUGUGUGGAAUGCAGCUAGCUUUGGCCGAGCAAAGAGUCGACAAAUUAUUUCGCCAGCUGACCGAAGCUGGAGCAAAGCUGAUAUUCUUUUGCUGUGGCCUCUGGGAAAAGACGAACUACCAAGUGUGGACCGCAAAGCAAAACGAAUACUACAUGGCGAUGAUAGAUAUUUUCGAGGAGGUAGACAACGGCCUACCAUUAAAAGAAAUAGCUUUGAAACAUCAAUACAGUGGGUGUCUUCUUAAAAAUAGUUGCCUAAAGCUGAACUCCAUUGUCAAGAAACAUGGUACAAUCGUCUCAUCGAUUACAAAAUAUGUGCCCCAGGAGUUGGCAGCUUACGCAGUGCAGCAUGACGCGUUUGCGAUCAUUUCUGAAAACACCGAUUUCCUCAUCUUUCACGGAGACUGGCGACUCUGGUCACCUGCAAUUGAUUUGAAGGACCUGACAACAAUAGAAUACAAUAGGGAUGCUUUGUUGCGAGGGAUCAGAUUGCAAAGGAACAACAUGCCGUUGUGGGCAACACUUUGCGGAAAUAACUUCUUCAGGUACGAAGAGGUCAAACCGUUUCACAAAACUCUUGGUAAGGACCAAAGCGAGUUCUACAAGGUGGCGGACUUUGUGCAGAAACUUCCGAGGGAGAAAAAUGUCAGCAUCAAGACCAUACAAAAUAUUUUGGCAAUCAUUUAUAAAGGACGUUCCAUUCCUGAAAAUGCUGUCGAAUGGUUCAAAGAAAGUUUGAAUUUCUACAGGAUUGACGUGAAACCAGCGGCCCCGGUCAAUGAAGAAAGUGCAUCUUCUCUGAUGGAAGGAAUGGUUUUAAAACGAAAAUUUCACUAUGUCACAGAAAGUAUUCUGAAUGGCGAGCCGCAAGGUAUAACCGUGUACUUUAUUGACACACGAUCUAAGCAAGAGAUCGGCUGCCACUUUGAAAUCAUCACAACUCUAGCGGCGCGCAUUGCUGGCGUUGUUCUAUUCCACCGACGUGCUGCUCCGAAGGACGUGAUAGUAGUAACCAAACGGAGCUAUCUGGAACCAUUCGAUUACCACUCCAUUCCAGUGAUAUAUCCUGCGGGUAUAGGGCCGCCCCAGCUUUCCGAGCUUCUAUCGGAGGAUGGCUGGAUGAUGACCGAGCUUCUGGAGCGUAAGCUUCAGUUACUAAGAUGGGUUUGUUGUUCCGAGCACGUAACAGAUCAAGCGGUUCUGGCAGUUCCAAAAGAACUAACCGUCACAGUGCUUGCACUAGUGAUCCUAAUAGAAUUUCGUGCAUUACAUGUUUUCGAAGCCGAUCUGCUUCUGUGGAUCGCUCACGAACUGACGACCGGUAUGUUCGAUCCGUCCUGCGAACCGCAGCCUGUUUGUAUCGAUCCGCGUGCUUUUCGUGUGGUGUUUCUGUAUCAGUCAAUUUACUGGAAUGUUCUUCGUGCUGUCAAAGUGCUGGAUCUACCCGUUGAAUAUCGCCUGACGCCACCUUACGAUGGCCAUCGCUUCCAUAACUGCUACGCCGCCUGGCGAGAUGGGCGACCGAAAGGAAAGGUAGAACAGAUUUCUCACUGCCGUCUGUACGAGCGUGGCCAAGGCUAAGCAUACGAAACAGCAGGAAUAGUGAAUUCUGAUAAGCUAUGCAGAGCUUUAAGAGAUUACAAUCAGUCGACAUAGAUAGAUAGGCAUUGGCGUUCUAGGUAGUAGCUUCCAGAAGAGAACCAUAUAUCUGCGAAAUCUUGUCCAUUAAAUUAUUCGUUGUCAUUACUUAAAGCGUC